AUGGACAAUCGCGCCAAUUUGCAUGAAACUCUUUUCUCCAGAAACUCAACUCCCCCAGCACAGCAGCCUCUGCCCCAAUACCCUUCAGUCCGUUCGGCAGCGAGCAGUUCAACCCCCAGCAUCAUCGACACUCUCUUCCAGAACAUAACUGCUCCAGCACCUGCAGACCAUCAGCCCACUCUCCCCGAACCCCAUGCCCCGGAACCAUAUGAAUCGCCCGCAAUCAACCCCGGCUUGUUGGCCGACGAAACUGCUACCCGUUCAUCGCCCAACGCUGGCUCUGUCGCGGAAAGACAGAACGCGCUGCUCUCGCUGAUUGGUGGUCCAGCAGCUACCACCCGCCCUCCGGUAUCGCAGCAGCCGCAGCAAGGGCCAUCACAGGCGCCUCAGCAGGUCCCAACGCCCCCUGGUUCGUCGCAACGCUCGAAUGCGUCACCAUCAGGAAACGACACACAGAAAAUAUUGGAGCAGAUGAUGAGCGGAAGUUCUUCGCGGUCAACGACCUACUCAGAUACCCAAAGAACCAACACGCAACAAGCCGCGCCGUCUCCACCAUACUCUCAACGCGAUGACUACCGCAAUUUCAACCAAUAUGAACACUCCAACGAAACUUCUCCCAGAGUUCAAACUCUUCCUCAACCUGUACAACCAAUUCAACAACAGCAACCUCCUCCUCCUCCGCUUCCACAACCCGCUCAAGAUCCCCCGUCCCCACGUAGAUCGAUAUUUGAAUUUUCUUCUGUGUUUGAUCACAUUUCAACUUCUGUCAAGAAGAAGCCCGUUCCUCCCCAACCCUCCGCCAUCUCGAGUGGAAACGAAGAUUCUGGAUCUUGGACCAACGUCGUUGAUCCAAAGAGGCAAUCAGUCGAAAACUUACUAGAAAACCUCACUCGAGGUCAACCACAACAACUUCCGCCUCAACCGCCUGCUUAUGAAGCGUAUCUCAGCGGAGGUGAUUUCUCUCAGGUUGAACAGUCGUCAUCCCCUGUGCGGGCGCCUUUACCUCCGAUUCCUGCCGCUGCAAAGCCUACAGGAGUUCCUGUUCGAACUUCAUCACCUCACCCAUCACCUCCUAAAGGUCAGAUUGAUUUCCAUUCUCAACCUCAGCCUGCUAACACCAUUUCAGUUCAAGCACCAUAUUCUAGCGGACUUUCCUUCACUAGCAGCGGAAACCGACGGGACAAAGAAGGUUCUCCUGGGCCUAGAGGAGGACAGGUUCCAAAUCAAGGCCAAAAUCAGCCUCAGAACCAAAAUUCGAAUUACAAUGCAAGACAGAAGACUGGGGCAAAAUAUAAAGCGCCUGUUAGUCCAAGUCCCCCCUCACAAGUUGUCAACAUUGAUGUUUCCCAAAGUUUGGAUGAUAUCCAGGCAGGGCGAGAUUCUGUCAAAUGGACACCAAUUGCCCUUGUCAAACAAGACGCCGUUUUUUUGCCUGGUACUACCAUCGGCGCUACUCAUUGGGUAGCCUAUGCCAUGACCAGAGGUCGCGUCCGGGUUAUCUCUCGAUCUAGUGGGGAUAGAACUCUGCUCCAAUUAUCCCAGAUAUUUUCCCCCACUGCAAGUGUUAUUGAUAUGGCGGUCUUUGGUAACAGGUUAGCGGGGGUUACCUCUGACGGUGGUUUUGUGGUUUGGGAGCUACCAGAGGUCAUCACUGAUGAUGUUCCUGGUCAUCUUUUGCUAUGUGUUCCACCGACCACUGACCCCCAUGAUGCUAUUCGUGCAGUAAAAUGGCAUCCCAAGGACCCUAACACCUUGGCUAUUGCAGCAGAUGACAAGAUAUAUGUCAUUGACUUGACUAACACAACCGCUCUUCAUGGUCAACCUUUACCUCAUAACGAGCUUCAACACAUCGGGCACCUCUUUACCGUCUCAUCCCCUGUUGCUGCUUUUGAUUUUGACGUUGAACAUUAUGCCCUUGCUGCUAUAUCAGAAGAUUCAACGCUUGCGACCUGGAACAUGCAAGACGGCAUGGCCUACUCCGUCAACAAGAUCCGCGGUGACGAUAUACCUUCUUCUUUGACGUUUGUAGAGGGUGGAAUUGUCGUAGGCAGGAAGAGCGGUACCAUUUUCCAACUCUUGUCUGCAACGACGAAGACUGUCUUGUCCACAGUCAACUUUAUUAAUUCUAGUCAUCAAGACGACGCUGACAUGUUUGGUCAUGUCAGUUAUGAUUCACGCAUCCAAACGCUAUGGGUAGCCAAUAGCCGCCGUGAUAGUUUAUUUGCGAUGAAAGUUCGCUUUGAGAAUGCGUACAUUGGCGACGAAGAAAAUUUGCGCGGGUACAUUGACCAAGUGGUGGAGUUCAGUGGUAUCAAACCCACCAUCCACUUUGUCAUCUUGACUGCGGACGCUGACCCUCACGGAGAUGAAGCUCACGCAGCUUGUAUAGCCGCUAAAGUCAUUCCAGGAGAGUUGGCUCUCGUCGGCUUUUCGGUGCAUUCUACUGGCGUGGACCAAAUUCUUAUCCGUAGGGAAUGGUUCGAGGCUGCUCUCAUCGAUGCCAGGAGCAAGCUCCCUGGUAUCACCUUCCCACAAAGUCACGCUCCCGAUAAAACCCAACGUCAGCCUCUGCCUUCCGUUCCUUCUUCCGCUAUUCAGGCACCACCCAAUAUUGGAACCUUUGCCCCGGCCCGAAAUCAUACCCCGACAUCAGACGAUGUUGAAAAUGAAUUCUCAGAAGCGCGGCUCUCGGAUGCGAAGAGCAAAGGCGGCGCUAAAGGCAAAAACGUUAAUUGGAAAGAGAAAGAGGAUGCUGGGAAAGGCCAGGAAAAAGCGUCAAAGCCCACCGAUGCUGCUAUCAUCAACGAUUCGUCUCUUGGUCAGGCACUGUCCAAGGAAAUCAAGAAGACAGAGGAGAAUCUGCACAGUCGCAUUGGAAAGCUGAUCAGCAAAGAAAUGGAUAAGCAACACCAACGAUUUGAGGAGACUCGUCUACAUGAACAAGCAGAGGACUUCGCACGGCAGGAAAAGAUCUUGAAGCUUAUUUCGACUGAGCUGACGCGAAAUACAACCCGCGUCGUUGAAAUGGCUGUUAAGAACGAAAUCCAAAAUUCUGUGUUGCCGUCGCUGGAGACUAUCACCAGGAAUGAAGUCAAGAGCGCUCUCAAUGAUCAGAUUAACGUCGGUUUAAUCGACGCCAUUAACAGGAGCUUACCAGUCGAAAUGGAAAAAUUGCUUCUACGUCCGAAUAUCUCUAAUCAUUUUGCCAAUGUUAUCUCUACAACAUUGACGCCGAUGAUUGAGAGGAAUAUUAAGGAAGUCUUUUCAGCCAACUUUUUCCAAUUCCACUCUCAACAAACCACGGCAAUGCACCAAGACCUUCUUCGCGAGUUAAGGAGCGAGAUUUCGACUAUCAAGACCGACUUAAACAAAUGGCACAACGAACAAUUGAGGGGACAGGAGAAUACCAUUCGUGACCUGGAGCACACUGUCCGCACAAUGGCCGAGCAAAUGAAGUUUUUGAGCAUGAGUGGACCCCAAGCUCUUCAUCACAUCCAACCACCACCUCAACAGGUACAGGGCUCUUCAGGAGGGCAACCUGUUGGGCCACAACAGCCUACCAUGAACACUUCACAUCUCCGUCAACCUAACAUUCCUCCUUCCAAUCCACCCGUCGCUCCAUACCAACAGCAACACCCCCCAUUCCAACCUGCUCCUCCACCCCAAGCGCAGCCUCAGAUGCAUCAAACCUGGUAUAACAGCAUAGCUGCCCCACAGCCUUCGCAUCCCGCCCAGCUGCCUCAGGCUCCAGUCUCCCAGUCUCAGCAAGAGCGCACUCCUCCUCCUAAACCCGACCAAUGGGACGAAAGCUAUCUCGGAGUUCUUCACUCCCAGGAUCCUAACAAACUUCGAGAGCUGCUGUCGCGAACCAAUCCAGAUUUGGUCUUCCCUCUCAACGGCACUCCUUUAGUGUCCCAGGCAGUUAUUUUAACACUUGUUCACAGACUCUCUACGGUCGUUGGCGAGGUUGCUCCGAAUGACGAAACGUUCAAGUCUUCUUUGUGGUGGCUUCAACGGGUUGCCAGCCUCCUUCGCCCUGAUGACAAGCUCAUUGCCGAUUUCAUUCCUCGAGUUGUUCCCACUGUUCAGCAAUCUCUGAACACAACGAAACAACGUCUGGCCAUUUUGCCUGGUGGGUUAGGUACAAUCGAAGCUGCACGGCAACUGUCAGACAUCCAGGAGAGUCUACGCCGCAAGAUCGCCUAA